AUGCCAUACUCUUUCGAUCAAAAGCUCGGAUUACCAAAGCUCCAAGACACAAGGAUGACCAUUCGAAUGGCAGAUCACUCGACAACAUACCCACGAGGAAUCAUUGAAGAACAUCCAAUUAUUUUAGGAAGACCAUUUUUGAGUACCGCAAGAGAACUAGUUGACAUCCACGACUCAAGGCUCACACUUCGUGUAGAAAACGAUUCUAUUACCUUUGAGAUGAGUCCUAAAGUGAAUCAUGAAGAGCCAAUAGACAAAGUGUCAAAGAUGGAUGCUAUGGAAGAGGAUCUUUAUGAGCUAGUUGCAAUUGAGAAGAUGAUGGAAGAAGAGCUUAAGGUUUGGGAGGAGCCUAGUGUUGAAAAAGUCAAACAUUUGAAGCCAAGAUCCUCGAAUCCUAUGAGUUUUGAGGUGAUUGCAUUUACUACACCUAAGGUUCAAGAGGAAGAAGAAAUGGAUUAA